AUGGCAGAUAGACGAGCUUUUGCCCUUGGCAGUGGCAGUGUUUGUAACAUAUUUGCUUUCGGUGAGCUACCAGCAUCUUCCCCAUCUUCACUACCUGAACGCAGCCGUUGGUCCAGCAAGACGGAUCUCUUGUGCAGCAUGCGCAGAGUGGCCAGCAGCCCCGGCUUUGAGCUGAAUGGGAUCAAUCAUAAUCUUCUGCAAGCAGGGAGUAACCUCAAGGAUGCCAGCAAGGCGAUUGCGGAACCGUUCCUCUUCCCUCGUGCCGUUGUGCGGCCGGCACCUCCUAGCUUGUGGCAAAGCCAACCGCUGAUCCACGUGUCAGAAGAAAGGCACUGGUCGCAGCUGGAGCAGAUCUCUGAGAGCUUGCACCAGGAGCUCAAGUCUUUCCUCCAGAUCUUUUCCAUCCGCUUGGAGUCGCAGGAGGCGGCGCUCUCCGAGGCGACCCGGGAAGUGAGGAGAUCCUCGGACCGAGUGAUGGCUGACCUUCAGAAAAGGUUCGACACUUUCCUGGAGCAGGAGAGCGAACGUGCUCACUUGAGGCUGGAAAAGGCUGCUGCUCGGAAUGUGAAGCCAGAUGAGCAGGUGCAGCAAUCUCUGGAACUCCGACUGCAGGAGAUGGAGAGCCACCUUUCAUCCCAAGUGUUGUCAGAGACCAGCCGUCUUUGGCAAAGACUCGAGGAGCGCUUGUCCUCGAAGCCAGCCCCUACGAGCGACGCUGCAGAACAGGCGGUCCGGGUGCAUGGCCCGGACACUGGGCUUCGCCGAAGCCUUCAGUCCCUGGAGGAGCGCUUCAGCGCGGCACAAGCACGGCAGACGCGCAGCGAGAUGACCGCGCAGCAAGCCUUGGCGCAGGCAAGACAGCUGGAGGCGAUUCUCACGGAGUUCAAUGUGGAGGAUCAUGCAUCCUUCCAGACCUUGUCACGACAAGUUCGGCAAAUCUCGAAGACAUUGGCAGACGCUUCCAGAAGUGUGUCUUCCGAGACUUUCGCAGCUUUUCAGACCAACUUCUUUGCCUUGGAGCGUGAGGUACACUGGGACCUUGCCGUGCGCCUUGCAAGCUUGGAGGAGACUGCUGCCAACGCCAGCUCAAAAGGAGGUGCUUCCAAGGAGGUGCGCCUGCCAGAGCCGCUGCGAGGACCUGCCGACGUUUGCCUCGUCGGCGCCGAUGAGGGUCUGCAUUUCGCAGAUGGGACUGUGGAGAAGAGCCGCGCAAUGCGAGAAGGCGUUCCUGCAGUCCACCAAGCCAGCCCACCUACACCAAGGAGCGGCCCACCGUCGCCGGCCAGUCGGACCAGCCGUGAGGGCCCACGAGUCGCCUUUGAUCGCCUUGGGGGGGCCAGAUGA